AUGUUUCAACCUCGAGUUUUUUGUGUCAAAUUGCAAUUGCAUUUCGGUGGUGAUAUACAUGAAAUAUCCGUGCCAGCAUAUAAUGGUGCUGAACCAACUAUUUCAGACUUAAUGAAUGUUGUUGAACGUGAUUUUCGUGUACCGCGAGCAUUACAAAAUCUUGUUUUUCAUGGACAAGAACUUCAUCCAUAUCCUUGUGAACCAUUAAGCCGUUUUGGAAUUAAAAAUUUAGGUGCAGUUCGAUUGGUAGGACGAAUGGCUCCACCAGAUAUGAUUCAACAGAUCAAUACACAAUACAACGUGAAUUUAUACCAGCCAACGAAUUAUGCUCAACAACCAAAUGGAAAUUUUUCGACUAACGAACAAAAUUUCCCUAAUUAUUAUGAACAAUUUCAACAUGAACGAAAGCCUUCUGUUGGUACUCAAUAUGAUCCACCUCAAACAGCAUUUAUUAAUACAGAUCAACCACUCCCACCACCGACACCGAACAAAGAACAAUUAUCUGAAAGAUCCAAUGGUGAACAACGAAAUCCACCAGCUACGCCUAAUCCAUCAAACAUAAAAUAA